CCCCCCGCCCGCGCCGAGCCUAAGAUGGCCACGCUGCUCCGCAAAAUCGGGCUCAUCCGCCUGCACAACCGGGACACCGAGGACCCCAAGCACCACCACAACCACCGCGCCGGCGGCGGCGGCGGCGGCCCGCAGAGCGCGGCGCUGCGCGGCAAGGGCGGCGCCAAGAGCGGCGGCCACAAGCCCCCGCAGCAGCCGCACCCGGCCGGGGGCGCGGGCGACGCCAGCCCCGGGCCCGGCAAGGGCAAAGGCAAGCGCGCGGCGGAGCUGGCCCCGCGCGACAAGGCGCCGCCGCCACCGGCGGGCGCGGCGGGGGCGCCGGGCGCCGGGGGCCCCCGGGAGCGGGCGCCGGGCGCCAGGGCGGGGCCGGGCCCGGCGGCGGCGGCGGCGGCGGCGGCGGGCGGCAGCCUGGUGCCCGCGGCGCGCCAGCAGCACUGCGCGCAGGUGCGCAGCCGGCGCCUCAUGAAGGAGCUGCGGGACAUCGCGCGCCUCAGCGACCGCUUCAUCUCCGUGGAGCUGGUGGACGAGAGCCUGUUCGACUGGAACGUGAAGCUGCACCAGGUGGACAAGGACUCGGUGCUGUGGCAGGACAUGAAGGAGACCAACACCGAGUUCAUCCUGCUCAACCUCACCUUCCCCGACAACUUCCCCUUCUCUCCGCCCUUCAUGCGGGUGCUCAGCCCGCGCCUGGAGAACGGCUACGUGCUGGACGGCGGCGCCAUCUGCAUGGAGCUGCUCACGCCGCGCGGCUGGUCCAGCGCCUACACGGUGGAGGCCGUCAUGCGCCAGUUCGCCGCCAGCCUGGUCAAGGGCCAGGGGCGGAUCUGUAGAAAAGCUGGCAAGUCGAAAAAGUCCUUCAGUCGCAAGGAAGCCGAAGCCACCUUUAAGAGUUUGGUGAAGACUCAUGAAAAGUACGGCUGGGUCACCCCGCCCGUCUCUGACGGCUGAUGUUCGCGAUGUGCACUAGACGCUUAAGCUGCCUCUCCACACACACACACACACACACACCUGACAUCUCCUCUCCACGCUGAGCACCCUUCUUCCUUUUCAUAACUCCAGCCUUCGGAACGGAAUCCUGAAUGCCAAGGAGACGCCUAAGUUAUUUAUGAUCAGAUGUGUUUACAGAGAGAAGAAGGGGGAGCCAACGCUGUUCGGGAUUAGGUUUCGAUGAUAAAUGAACGAUCAUCUCUAGGUCACUUUAGAACACACGUCGAGAUGGUGACGUUCCCCCACCCGCCUGCCCUCCCCGCCCCACCCGCACCCCAUCAUUGGGCCCCUAGCUUCUUCUCCUGACAGCAGCUCCAAAGAGCAGGCAGGAAACUCAGCUCCCCUCGCUCGACCCAUUGACACGCCCCUAGGAACGCCGUGCCCCGUCCCGUCCCUGUUUGCUGUGCCCCGUGUCUCUUUCUCUCCCCGGCAGGUCAACGUCGUAACUUGAAGACGCGUCUUUCUGUGGCCCCGGGUCAUGACAUGUAGACCUCAUUUGUGCUCUGUGACCACUGGUUCAUGAGAACAAAAAAAUUUAAUAUGGCCAGGUUCUUGGGAUGGAAAACAGCAACCGCCCUCUUGGCCAGACCGUGAUCCCAAGGCCGACGCCGAAGCGCGUGCGGUCCGCAGCUCAGCCCACGCCCGUGGGUGAAGGCGAGGUGCUGUGGCCGCAACGGGGCACACAGGUGCAGACGCCGGGAUGGGGGGCGCUCAGAGAAACGGUGUUGGGUUGCGGACGGGGUCUCUUCCGACAUCCUCAGACGCUCCUACGACGUUCGUGUUCCUGUCUCCUCUCUGCUGGUCGACCCACCACUGAAAGCAGAACACAGUGCCCCAUUCGCUGAAGUCGCCUGACCCAUGUCCUUCCGUGUGCUCGUGACAGGGAAUGCCAGAACUGCCUUCGGAGACCCGGUGACGGUAGGACAAUUUGCAUGGCCCAGUAGUCACUUGUGUGUCCCCGAGGCCACGACGCGUGAGCACCCUCGCUAGGAUAUAAACUUCUGUUAUUUAAUCUCCCCACAAUUUCAGUUUUCUCUUCUGUUAAGUUACUUAGACCUUUCCAAGAAGUUCCAUGAAAUGAGGAAACCACGGUUUCUUAUAAUAUGCGGGAAGAAGUAAAAUGUUCAUUCCAAGUGGAAAAAUCUUA